GAAGGGCCGCCCCAGCCGCCGCCGCCGCCGCCCCCGCCGCAGUCCUAUGGUCUUUCCCUAGAGCUUCGCUGUUGGGGGCAGCUGUUGCGGUCCUGUGGCUUGGUCAGCCCAGGACGGCGGCGACAUGGAGGAAUUCGACUCUGAAGACUUCUCCACUUCGGAAGAGGACGAAGACUACGUGCCGUCUGGUGGAGAGUAUAGUGAAGAUGAUGUAAAUGAAUUAGUGAAGGAAGAUGAAGUGGAUGGUGAAGAGCAGACACAGAAAACCAAAGGGAAAAAAAGAAAGGCUCAGAGCAUUCCGGCCAGGAAGAGAAAACAAGGCCUCUCAUUAGAGGAAGAAGAGGAGGAUGCCAAUGAGGAAUCUGGAGGAAGUAGCAGUGAGGAGGAAGACGCAGCUGCAGAACAGGAAAAAGGCAUUGGGGCAGAAGAUGCAAGGAAAAAAAAGGAGGAUGAACUGUGGGCCAGUUUCCUCAAUGAUGUGGGACCAAAAUCAAAAGUGCCUCCGAGUACACAAGUUAAAAGAGAAGAGGAGACUGAAGAAACAGGUUCAAGUAAAUUGUUGGUCGAAGCAGAAGAGCUAGAAAAACCUAAAGAAACAGAAAAAGUUAAAAUCACCAAGGUGUUUGAUUUUGCUGGUGAAGAAGUCAGGGUGACUAAGGAAGUGGAUGCUACAUCUAAAGAAGCCAAAUCCUUCUUCAAGCAAAACGAGAAAGAAAAACCACAGACUAAUGUCCCCGCAGCUCUGCCGUCACUUCCUGCCGGAUCAGGAUUAAAGAGAUCAAGUGGCAUGAGCAAUCUUUUGGGGAAAAUUGGAGCCAAGAAGCAGAAGAUGAGCACCCUGGAGAAGUCCAAGCUGGACUGGGAGAGCUUCAAGGAAGAAGAGGGCAUUGGCGAAGAGCUCGCCAUCCACAAUCGAGGGAAGGAAGGACACACCUUUUCCCACAGUAGGAUGUAUGUGUGCAGGGUACAUAGAUUUCUCUCCUGCACCAGCUCAGCACACCACCAAGGUACAUUGAACGGAAGGCUUUUCUAGACCGAGUGGAUCACAGGCAGUUUGAAAUUGAGCGAGAUCUCAGGCUGAGCAAAAUGAAACCCUGAUGUGAUGGGGAGCGUAGAGCAGCAUAAUCCUGUUUACAACGUGAGCUUGUCUGUGAAUGUUCUUGUGUUUCUCAACUGUUUCCCAGUGAGAUCUUUUUUCUACAUCAAAUUUCUGUCUUUGUAUCUUGAUCCCAUGUGGUUUCAUUCAUUUCACUUUUAAAAAUUUGCCCUUAAAAAAAUACAAAUAAAAAAAUACAAGUUGGUCCUGAGAGAGGCUGGUGAAGAUGACACCCCUUGCCUCCCCUCAGUUCUGCUGCGAAGCCCACCAGGCCCAGCCAGUACCUCCCACGCCAGUCUCAUCCCCACGGUGGAGAGAGCCACCAGCCUGCCUGUGAACCUUGGGGGCUGUGGGACUCUCUGAAGAGGCUGGCCGGUGUUGGACACCAAGGCCCUGGGCAGUUCUGUUCUCGGUUCCACUGGGCUUCUCCCCUUAUGUCCUCCCUCCUGUAUGGGAUUCCUACUUACUGAUAUAGUGUCAGGCUGAACUUUAGGGUAUGUUAUUGCUGAAUUAGGGAUUUUUUUUUCCUUCAGCCAUUUCCCUCUUCUCAAACUUAAAAAUCAACUUCAGAUAUGCUCCCACCUCAGUAAUUCUUUAAUUUUUGGUUUGUCAAAGAAGAUGCUGAAGGUCUUUUCUUUUAAUAACUCCUUAGGAAAAUUUAAACUCCAAACUUCAUGUUAAAAAAAGCAGGAAACCGCACCACCUGCUCCUGAGGGCGGGCGGCGGGGAUGUCCUGAGUAACAUGGACUGUUUUAGGGGAAGGUAGGAUUCCAAAGACUGGAAUUCAGAUUCUGCCUGGACAUCUACCAGCUAUGUGACCUUGACCACAGCUCAUCUCUCUGAACCUCCAUUUUCUGGUCCAAUAAGUGGCCUGAGUAACGCCAAUACCUCAUAGGGUUGAGAUGAGUGCGUGUCACACGUGUGGGGUCUCCCCCUCCAGUCCCCUGACACAUGGACAGAAGCUGAUGCAGCCAAGACCGGAUUGUCCACCCUCCAUGGUUGUGGGGUGUGGCCCUUAUUGCUUACUGAAGCCAGGCUGGGAGGUGAGGCUGAUUGAGGCCUAUGCAUUUAAAACCAGAAGUCACCUUUUUCAGCCAAGUCUUGUUUGAAACAUAGCCCACAGUUUUUAAGAACAGGUGGGUGAUAUUUUUCUAGCUCUUCACAUCUACACUUGGUCAAAGCUAAUCUGCCUGACUCCCAAAGGAAAUGGCAUCCCUUUAUCCGGGAGUCGGGAAUUGCCAAGGGAAAUGUUUGCGGGAAGAGAGGAGUGGAAAGCCUGAGUUAGUGCAAGACGUAGCUUGGUAGCCCUUCCUUCACCGGGCACCACGUGCCUCUCUUACCGUGGCACAGAUGACCAAGGAGGACGACCACGGACACCCCUGGCUGGUCCUUGGAGUCCAGAGAACCCCUGAGAGAUAAGUUUCCUGGCCUCACUCUUGCCGUCAGUCUUUGUCUUCUUGUCCCAGAUGGAUGCAUCAGAUUUCUAGGGCAUCUGGUACCUUCCCACUCUUGAAAAAACUGCCCUAAAACAGCAUCAGGUCAAAGAAUAAAAUAGUCUUCUUUAUGUGUUCUGCUCACCUAUUUCCUGAGGAACACAGUACUCUAAUUAGGACCUCUGCAUGAGGUUUCCAGGGGAGAAGGGCCUCAUUAAGAACGAAAUCUUUUGUGCUGUACCAGAAAUUGACACAAACAUUGUAAACUGACUAUAUACCUCAAGAAAAAAAAUUUAAAAAGAACUAAAUCUUGAGUGAGUGGCACGCAGAGCUGAGGAGGGGGAACUGGACUAGAGCCCAGCACCCCGGUUCAUAAUGGCUGGUAUCGCAGGAGGACAGGGAGAAGUUCGGAGUGGAGUGAUGGUGCUGCAGGGACCAGCAGGGCCAGGUGGCAGGGCUCUCCAGGUGCUGUGCUGCUUCUUGGCCUCAGCAGAGCAGAGGUGGUGUGGGCAGCAUGGCCGGUGGAAAGGACCUGGAACAGGCUCUCAAGAGUGCAGACUUCUGGCAUUUGGUAGCAGUCUUUAGCCAGAACUGAAAUCGCUCAGGCAUGUAGGGUAAUAGUCCAUGACUUUUGUUUUUAAAUUACAAAAGAACAAGUGUACAACUAAGAAUUGGUGCAAGAUGGUGGACUCCUGGGGAAGGAUUCAGAAGCUCUUAGCUUCAUCAGCAAGUAGGGGAAGGGGAGGGUAGAGCUCAGUGGUGGAGUGCGUGCUCCAAGUAUGCACAAGGUCCUGGGUUCAAUCCCCAGUACCUCCAUUAAAAUAAAUAUAUCCUUAAAAUUGAACUGUUUACCCACCACACCAUCCCCAUCAAAAAAAAAAAA